AUGGAAAAUUCGGAAAUAGUUUGGUGCUCAAGUAACUAUGUGAGAUAUGAUCUUAAAAGUAAAGAUAGUGAAAAAAGUAACCAGGCACAUAAAUCAGAAUCUUUACUAGAGGUUGAAUAUAAUAUUGCGACUGCAUCGGAUUUAAAAACAGUACCAAUAUCAGGAACUCAACAAAAUUUUAUAGAACAACACUUAUGGCAAAUAUCCUCUACAGAUGAACUGAAUCCAACAUACUCUGAAUCUACUGAGGGAAUUAAGUUCUUGACCCAAGAUGUCACGGAGAAUACUACUAUAUUUUGUAACAAUUGGGGAAAGUUGGGUCGCACCUUUUGGAUCAUAUAUAUUAUGUGUCUAUCUAUGAUUCAGGAUAUUUCUGGCGUAAUAAUACCUAAUCCUAUUUAUAAGCAGGAAUUGACAGGUUCAAAAAUAAAUGUAGUUACAAACAUUCCCUGCAUCUCUAUACUAUACCCAUUCUACUGGAAAUAUAUUCUGACACCUAUACGUCUUUUCUUCGCAAUAAUUUUAAAAUAUUUGUGGAAUUCACACUUAUCAAUUACUGAUGUAAAGCCAAUCAAUAAAUUCUUUUCACCAAUGACAUGGUUUCCUAGAAGUUUAUAUUUUAUUGAUGCAGCUCAUCUGAAUAUUGGAACAGGAAUUAAUAUUUAUAUAUCUCCAUUCAGACGUUUAAUAUCUAAAACUACUGAUUUAAGAUAUUGCCCUGAAAUAUGGAGAAUAAUUAACAAGGGAUCUAAUCGUAAAAUAAUGUAUAUAUCAACCAGACCUAUUGGAUAUAUUAUUGCCUUGGGUUACUCUGAUGGAUUUUCAAUAUGGGAACAUAAACCACCUUUUACAGGGAGCUCUCAUGAUGGAUCAUUUAUUUCUAAUGGAUCCUGGAAAUGUAUAUUUUCUAUAACUCUUUAUUCUCUCAAAUGUUUAUUAUGGUCAAACGAUGGUCGUACACUUUACGUAGGGGAUGGAUCUUGUAUUAGGGCAUUUUCUUACAUAUAUAUGGCGACAAUUAAUUCUAUAGAGCAGGAAAUGAGUAUUGAUAACUUCAGUUUAUAUGGUAAUGGUCAAAUUAUAUUUAGGGCUCCAACAUUUGUACAUGAUUGUCUGGCUAUUGCAACAUCUGAUAUAUUUUCUAUUUUGGGGGUUGUUUGGGAUGAUGGUUACAUUAAUUUUGUAGACACUAAUACUUGCAACUAUUUGGUAGUUAAACAUAUAUCUAAAUUUAAAUUAAAAAGAGUGUUUCUUCCAAUUAUAACAUGUGUAGAUGACUUAUCUAACAAUCAAUCUUGCACAUUUUUAUUUUCAGAUUCAAAUAAUAUGUAUGAAUUUUUAAUUAGACAAGAUAUAUCUCAAUUACAAUCUAAUUCAAAUGAAAAUAUGAAAGAUAUUUCAAAUAAUUCAUUAGAAUUUACUAGAUUACGUGCUCUACCAAUACAUUCAAGUAACCGUGAGAAAAAAAUAUUGAGUUUCACUUCUUCAUAUCAACGUGUUGCAAUAAUUUAUGAAAAUUCAAACUUAGUUUGGUUAUACAGUUAUACCAUUAAGUAUAAUACUAAUAGCCAUCUUCUACUGAUUGGUACAAUUGAAGGUUAUGGCAUACCAAGGCAGAUAAAUAUGCAGAUAAUUCCACAUAGUGUAAAAUCUAUAAAAGGCUCAAUGCUUAUUAUAAAGUGGAUAUCUCAUGAUUAUAGCGAGGAUAAUACUGCAUAUAAUUACAAGAUCAAAUCAUACCCAUUAUUCUAUAGUAUAUAG